AUGUGGAACGCUUUGAGUUGGCAAUUGGAGCAGGACGUGGCCAUGGAGGGCGAGGUCCACGCUCUCGAGGUUGCUGCGGGUUUCCUGGUUUGCGGUUAUGAAGGGCCCACACCUACUCUGCCUGGAGUUACGGUCGGCUUGGUGCGGGCCUGGAACCUCGCGAACCCCGCGACGCCCUACGACUUCCAUAUUAGUACAGAAAUGCCCUUCGCUCAUUUACAGAGGACUUACUCCGUCCAGCUGAAAAUUGAUGCCUCUCCAGAGGUCUACACCGGUUCGCACGACGGCGCGAUCCACUGCUGGGGCUUCGAUGCCGCUCAAAAUAAAUUUCAUUUGAAGCAGAAGCUCGAGGGCCACGUGCUUGGGGUCACUUCCUUAUCGCUAUUCACGUCCGGAGGAACAUUUUUAUUGAGUGGUAGUAUGGACCGGAGUGUCAGAGUCUGGUCCGUGGACAGCGACCCGAAGGCCUGCCAGGGUCUACUGACGAAGAACAACUCGGGCCAUUCAGAUGUGGUGACGUCGGUGACCACCCUGUCGAUGGGUGAAGCGCAAUAUUUCCUCACUGGUUCCAUGGACCGGCACGUCAAGGUCUGGAACUCUUCCGGGGGUUGUGACCACGACCAACAAUGUGGUGGGCCCGUGCUUUCGCUUUGUACGACGGUGGAUCCCGGCCAGAAACAGAUCGUGCUCGUUGGUUUAGUUGAUGGUACCAUAGAACUGAGGCAGCCGGACCUGGGCUUUCGGUUGCGGGCCACGCUCAGUAAUAGGUUCAGCGUGGGCCACCCGGACCAGCUCAAGGCGUUGUGCGCCGGCGACGGCUACUUUUGUAGCGGCGGCGCUGACGCGAAGCUGAUGGUCUGGCAGUGGGUCGGGCCGCUGCCGCCGGGGCGCUGAGGGGUGGUUUGGCGAGUAACGGGGGCACUUUAGUUUUUCGUCGCGGCGAUGGCGUGCUGUGGUGGGGUUAGUCUAGACGUACUUAUGAUUCCUCGCGGGCGCGGAGGCUUGCUCGCGCGGCUGGCAAGACCCAUUCAAUUUGCUCUGUGAGGGGAUGUGUGCCGCCGAACACCCGCCGCGCGAUCCGUCUCGCGUCCUCUAGCGUCGUCACGGCCUCGCGGAGAUCGUCGAGGGUGGGGCCGGUGUCCUGGCACUGCCAGUGGCAGAGCACCCGCCCGUCACGUUUCGUGUCUGGCGGAACAGGCGAAGAUUUUGGUCGCAGAGGCCCUGGAGAACAAUUUGAGUGACAAGGCGUUGAAUGAGAGGUGGGAUCGGUGGCAGACGUGUAGCCUGUGCGGGCAAGACUAUCACGGCGUCGUGGAGUGCGCGCUCGCGUGGGCGUGCUGGAAGACGUACGUGGGUCGGCCGGAGGGGGACCACCUGCGGUACCCUGCGAUGACCCUGCUUGGCAACGGUUUAUCCAAUGCAGGCCACAGCGAGGAGGCGUUGUCCGUGUACGAGGCCGAGUUGUCUAUGAAACGGCGCAUUGGCGUAUCAGAAGAAAGCAUUCUUGUCACGCAGAGUAAUCUUGCGGUCACGUACGAAAAAAUUGGACGUCAUGAGUGCGCCCUGCGCUUACGGCACGAUGUAUACUCCGGACGUGUUGGGCUCCACGGCGAGAAAGCGACAGAGACCCUCGUACCGGCCUACAACUACGCGGUGUCCCUUAAAGACCUACAGCGCUUCGAAGAGGUCAAGUCGGUGCUCCGCAGAGCAAUACCCGUGUCGCGACGCACUCUUGGAGAGGGGUGUGAUUCCACGCUCUCGAUGCGGUCGCUUUACGCGGAGGCGCUCUGCAGGGACCCCGGCGCCACACUCGACGAUUUCCGCGAGGCCGUGGCGACGCUCGCGGAGAUUGAACGGACCGCACGGCGCGUGUUCGGUGGCACGCACCCGCUCACAGAAGGGUUUGGGCACAAUCUGUCCGAGGCUCGAGGCGCGCUCCGCGCCCGCGAAAGGCUAGACGCAUAA